AUGGCGACAGCAACAUCAGAUAUGUCUUUUGAAUCCAUGCACGGCCAAGCUGGAGACAGCAAUUGGAAGUUACCACAACUUGUCGUGGCAAGUACCAGAAAAGCUCGACCGGAUAUGCACGGCACCAUCGAUGCAAGCGAAUACUUGGAUGACGAUACUGUGCUUAAUGCCAAACUCGAUAUCGUUGUCUCUUUGAUUCAGAAAAGUAAACAAUUUGUCGUUUAUACGGGUGCGGGAAUCUCGACCUCAUCUGGUAUUGGUGAUUACGCAUCAAAAGCAUCCAAUUCCAUUGUCAUGCAAGAAACAAGUGUCAAUCGUUUGAAAGCUAAACCAACGUUGACGCAUCAUGUGUUAGUCGCACUGGAAAAGAAAAAUCUAUUGCAACAUUGGGUACAACAGAAUCACGAUGGUUUGGCGCAACGGGCUGGUUAUCCGCAAGAAAAAUUGAAUGAAAUUCAUGGAUCUUGGUUCAACAAAAAGAAUCCUGUUGUUUUGAUGGAUGAUAAACUUCGGCCUGAUUUACAUAAAUGGAUGUUAGAAUGGGCAGAAAAGGCAGAUUUGGUACUAGCUAUGGGAUCAUCGAUGUGCGGUAUGGAAGCGGAUGUAGUUGCAACCAGUGUAGCUGAAAGAGAAGGAACGCUUGGUCUGGUUAUCAUUAAUUUGCAAAAGACGCCUCAUGACCAUUUGGCAAAAGUACGAAUCUUUGCCCCAUGUGACAAGGUGAUGUCUAUUUUGGCGCGGAAAAUGAAACUAAGAAUCCCCAAACUAUUGUAA